AUGAGAUACGAGGAAGAAGAUGGAGAUUGCGUAGCUUUGCCAAAACGGGCAACCUGGAAAGUUACCCAACAAAUGCAUAGAUUGCUGUUACAUUUCGGAACGGAUAAUGUGAUCGGGUUCAUGGAGCAAUAUUUCCAUUGGUUCGAUAUAACAAAGGUGGCUCGAGAUGUGGUUGCAUCCUGUCAUACGUGUCUGGCGACAAAAUACUAUUCACGGUCAACGGAAGGAGUGCAGUAUUAUGAAUUGCCGAAAGUACCGGGUAUUAAAGUAUCGAUGGAUAUUUUUGGGCCAUUGCCAAAGAUUAGAGAAGGUUAUGGAUAUCUGUUGGUCAUUAUGGACCAAUUCAGCAAGUAUACAAAAUUAUACUCAAUGGCUAAUCAAACAUUGGAGACAAUCAUUGGGAUUUUAUGGGACUUACCAGUACUUUCCAGAGAGGGGUAUGCCGCGAACCGAUAA